AUGGAUCACGACUCAGGCGAAGGGAAGCUGGAGAGUGCGCCCAAGUUUGACGGGAGCGACUAUUGGACUUGGAGCUUCCGAUUCGAACAAUGGGCAGAGGCGCACGAUCUAUGGGGGUACUUUGAUGGCUCGGAGGAGCGACCUGCAACGGGUGAUGCACGGCUGAAGUGGGAGAGGAAAAAUCAGAAGGCAUUCGCCCAAUUUUGCAAUGCCUUGGUGCCAGAUGAGCUGAUUCGCUUGGUACGGGAGUUCGGCGGCAAGACCGAGUUGGGCAGCGCACCUGUUGAUGGCGGAGCAAGAGCAGUCACCCGGGCUACUGCAGGCACAGCAGCGGCAUACACACGAGUGAAGGAGUUCUACCUUCAGUGUGGAUUGUGUAAUCGGAUGGCACUCUCUGAGGAGCUCUCCUCAUUGAAGAUGAAAGAGGGGGACGGAGUGGCUGCAUACUGGGCGCGUGCCGAGGACUUGAGGUCCAAGUACUUGGCUGCAGAAGGGAAGGAGGAGUCAUCAUCGCUCAGUAAGGAUCAGCUGCUUACCUCCUUGAGGAGCGAGGAGAUGCGGAUUGGUGUCGCACCAAGAUCGGAUGGUGUAGCCACUUUUGGAGCGGGUACGAAAGUGGGUAGCAGCGGUAGGGGAAAUUGGGACAAGGGAGGAAAGCAUGGAGGCAGCGGUAGCAGCAGUGACACCAACUCGGGCAGAUGGGGUCAAGGGAAAGGCAAAGCGGGAGUGCUUGAUUUCACCUGGGGGUCCAAGGGCAUGGCUCCUCGGGGGUUGUGUCAUGGCUGUUGGGAUGAGGGACAUGCAUGGCAGCGAUGUCCUCAUCGACCUAAGGGAGGCAUUUCGGCAUUCUUAAAGCGGGGGGAUCGUCGGUCCAACGGCAAGGCACAGGUGGCGGAUGAGGAGGAGCAGGAUGACAAGGCAGAGGCAGUGGUUGGAGAGGCAGUUACAGCAGUGGGAGAGGAGCAGCCGCGAGAGGGGUGGUGGAUUGACAGUGGGGCCAGCCACAACUUUACUCCUUAUGCAUCAGACUUCAAAAGUAAGCUUCAGCCGCCAGAGGUUCGGGGAGUUAGAUUGGGGGAUGGACAGGUGGUGAAAGCUGUUGGCAUGGGUGAGGUGCCAGUGGUUGGUGCUGGAGGUCAGCUGUUGAGGAUUCAAAAGGUCCACCUUGUGCCUGAGAUGCACACGCGUCUGCUGUCAGUCCCACACCUCACCUCUCGAGAUGUCAUUGUCACAUUCAAGGGCAAGAAAUGUGUUCUUAAACGGGGGGAGAGGGUGUUGGCGAUUGGAGAAAAGGAGAGGGGAAGGGACCAUGGAUUGUCAGCUCGGAAGCCGUUUCCCCAUGAGGCGUCUCGGGCACUUGGGCCUUUGGAUGAGGUCCACAUGGAUCUGUGGGGGCCAGUGCGCACACCGUCACUGGGAGGAGCGGUGUAUGUCCUCAGUCUCAUUGACGACUUCACCAGACGAGUUUGGUCGCUCCCACUCCUUAAGAAGGAAUCGGCCACAGUCGCAAAAGUCCUUCGCCAGUGGCAUAAGGACGUGGAGUUGGAGUUUGGGCGGAAGCUGAAGGCUGUUCGCUCAGACACGGGUGGCGAGUUUUUGGGGGAAGCUGUUAAGAACAGGGUCACCCACAGUGCUUUGCCUGCCUCCAUCACACCAAUGGAGGUGUGGUCCGGCCAGAAGCCGCAUGUGGGCAUGGCUCGGAUUUGGAGUUGCAUGGGGAGUGUCAUGCUGCAUGGGCAUGAGAAGGGUGGCAAGCUUGAUGCACGCGCUGUCAUGUGUGUCUGUGUUGGGGUGGACAUGGAGAGCAAGGGUUGGCGCAUGCUGGACCCUUCUCUCAUGCGCAUUCGCAUUGCUCGGGAUGUUGAUUUUCUUGAGAAUGUGAUGUGGAAGGAUUGGGACAACGCAAAGGGUUUUGAGGAGCUUCUGCAGGAUGCAGCUGAGUUUUUCCAGCUCCUCCCUCUUCCACUCUCGCCACCCUCAGCAGCGGUUGACGACGCUGAGAUGCCACCUUCAUCACUGCCACCGGCACCGCUGAGUGUGUCGGUGCAGCAGCAGCCCACCCCUCUGCAGCAGCUCAGUGGCCCCUCGGCCAGUCAGCGGAGAUCCGCUACACAGGCUUCUUCCUCCUCCUCCUCCUCCUCUGGCCAGCGCUCUGUCACUCUCUCUACGAAUGCACCUACGUCACCAGCGACUACCUCCCCACCAUCGGUUACAGGCUUGCAGGUGCUUGGUAUCCAGUCUGGUUCAGGUGGUGAGGAGGUAGGGGGGAUGCUGGUGCGGUUGAGGGCAUGA